AUGGACAAAGUGUGUACUUUAUUUAUUCUGAUCGAUAACUCUUUCUUAACGUUAAUUCAUAAUGGUGACCUGAGAGGAGCCGUGGCACAAGUUUUGAGUUCUUUAGAAGAAGUAAACGCUAUAUUUCGAUCUACUGAUUUCGACAGCGAUGGAUUUCCCGACAACAUUGGAUUUAUCAUUAAAUAUUUUGUGGUCCUGCAAACUGAAAGUAGUCCAAUGAACCUAUUACCGAAAUAUACAACGUCUGCGGUUGAUGGAAUCAUCGAGGGAAAUGAAACCUGUGACUGUGGCACAACAUGGGAUUGCAAAAUAUUAGAUCCGUGUUGUACUCCUAGAGAUCGAGAAGACUCUUGCAACGUAAAUAAACAAGUUGGAAUCGACUGCCAUCCCUCUCAAGGAAUAUGCUGCACUUUAAACUGCAGAUAUAAAAAUCUGCUUAAUCAUAAUCUGGUACAUACAUAA